AUGCAAACUCAAACCCAGCAGAAAUUAUCCAUCUUUGAAAGCACUGCUCGCGACCAGGCCAAGAAGUUAGAGGAGAACUUCUCAACCUUGGAAACCACCACUCGCAAUCAGACUAAGAAGUUGGAGGAGAACUUCUCAACCCUGGAAAGUGCGGCUCGUGAUCAGGCCAACAAGCAUAGUAGUCUUAACGCUACCGUCACACGCUUGAACUCUGAACUGCAGUUGGCCUUGAAGCAGCAGCAAAAAAAAACCGACGAUUUGGGACAGAAACUUGCCUCUGCGUCAUCCGCCUCCACAGUUCAAGCAUCAGAGUUAUCCUCUCUGCAAUCGUCCCUAAAAAAGCAGCAGAAGAAGAGCGACUCCCUGGAAAAGACUGUGGCUUCCCUCGAGACCAAGAUUCAAUAUCAGCCGCCUCAAGGUUUUGAGAAACUUGCCGCGAAAAUGCAAGAGUAUCCGCCUGCUGCCGAUCUUAAUCGCAUUCUGGCGGACUUUCCAUCAAGCAAAGAUCUCAAAAUGCUCAUCGCCGAUACACCAAAGUUAAAGGAAUCUGUGUCAAAAUUGAAAGCAUGCAAGACUCCGCCUCCGCCUCCAUCUCUGCCUAACCCCAAUUCUCUAAUGACCGAAGAGACGAUUACACAGACUGUUAAUUACAAGAUUAAGCAGCUGGACAUUGCCACAAUGAAGGAGAUAAGACAGGUGUUCGAGAGCUUCGCCAAAGACAUAGACAAUCGCCAAGGUCUCACAGCAAACUCAAUCACGUCAUUGAACGACCGUAUGUUAAAGGUUAACAAAGGGUUGGAGGAGAGCAAACAGCAGGCGAAAAUGGUCAAAGAGGUUGGCGAGAGCCUGCAAAAACGUUGUAACGAGCAGACUACUGAACUUAAAAGAGAAUUUGGGGCGUUCGUUGAAAACUUCAACAACCUUCAAGCUGGGACAAGAAGGGAGCUUGAAGAUGUCCAGUUUCGGAUGACCUCGGUACAUGACCGGGUGAUAAACUUGAACACUAAGAACUGGUUCGACAACAUGGCCCAGCACAUCCAAAACCACAUGCCAAACCAUUUCGGUGGGCAACUGAACAGCCUCGAAAUACGGGUUAGCAACCUCGAAGACCAUUGCAACGGCCCGGAGAUUGCCAAUAAGAGGCGCAGAAUAGCUAAUGGAAGUGGCAACGCCCUAGCGAGGAAUGGUACUCUUUAA